ACAGGACAGGAUGUCUGUGUCUCACAAUCAGACACGAGGGAAGCCUCAACUCUCAAGUCUGUCACAGUCGGACCAAGGCACCAAGCCAAGGUAAAUUUCAAGGACGAGGAGGCAACGAGGGCCAACAGGCCAAGAACUCGCCAAGGGGUCGGUGGACCGUUCCUAUAUAAAUUCAUCGCAUUCAAAAUACCUUUCUCUUCCUCAUUCUCCCUCUCCUGCUGGGUCACCUUUAGGUCUCCGACGCUCGCUGCCUCUGAAACCCCAAUAUAAGCCAUGUCACAUCGAAUGAUGACGAUGAACAAAGACGACGGUGGGACGGGAUGAGGAGAUAAAGAUGAUCUUCUGCGCGAACGGGAGAAAAUGCCGGCGGGAAAAACUCUUCGCCUAGGUAUUUUAGUCGGAACACCUAGCUGCGACAACAAUCACCAUGUCAAGGUUUUUUGCAUUUGGAAACAUUAGGAGAGUUUCACACCUCAUUCUCACAAACCAGAGGGCCAGUUAUUCAGAAGCAAAGAAGCAUGGGACACUUGUUACAGUUGGACUACCUUCCUCUCUAUGCAGAUUAUACUCACAGUAUAAAUUUUCUGGCAGUGGAUGUUCUCAACUUACAUUGCACAAGGCAAAGGAAAAUUUAUACAAGAGUAGUUAUUAUAAGAGCUUCCCUAUCAUCUCAGCAAGUAAGACUAUGACAAACCAUGCCCAAAUUGCUUGGAAAAGGCUUUCACAAAUAUGUUCUUAUAGUGGCUCAGCUUUUCCACCAAUAAGUAGGUUUGCCUGUGCUAUGAGUUUGGCAUUAAACAGGUCGCACCUAGUUGCUCCUAGCAUUUUUGCUUUUUUUAUUGGAGAGGUAGCAUGGACCCAGAAAGCUUGGGCCGAUACAGAGUAUUUUCCAAAAGGGAAGACUCUAUACAUGCAUGCACAAGAUGGGCAUGUUUACUUGACCUCAUUCAUUUUCUCACUCUUGGAGGGUUUCAUUUUGCUCCUUAGAUCAAUCUAUUUGGCAGUUUUGUUCUCACCCAUCAUGGCAAUGGCACCAUUUGCAGAUUGUUUUGGUGUGCAGUUUAGGAAAACAUGGCUUCAUCUUGUCCAUCUUACCCUAGAAAAAGCUGGUCCUGCUUUCAUUAAAUGGGGUCAAUGGGCAGCUACACGACCCGAUCUCUUUCCUAGAGAUCUAUGCACUGAGCUAUCAAAGCUUCAAACCAAGGCACCUGCACAUAGCUUUGCCUACACAAAAAGAACUAUUGAAAAAGCAUUUGGUCGCAAGCUUACUGAGAUUUUUGAAGAAUUUGAAGAGGCACCUGUAGCAUCUGGAAGUAUUGCCCAAGUACAUCGAGCUUCCUUGAGAUUUCGAUACCCAGGUCAGCAGGUCAAGCCUAUCUUAGUUGCUGUAAAAGUUAGACAUCCUGGAGUUGGUGAAGCAAUUAGGAGAGAUUUUGCCAUUAUUAGCUUGGUUGCCAAAAUUUCAAAGUUCAUACCUACCUUGAAAUGGCUGAGGUUGGAUGAAAGUGUACAGCAGUUUGCUGUUUUUAUGAUGUCUCAAGUUGAUCUUGCAAGGGAAGCUGCGCAUUUAAGCCGAUUUAUUUAUAAUUUUCGCAGAUGGAGGGAUGUAUCAUUCCCAAAACCUCUAUAUCCACUUGUGCAUCCUGCUGUCUUGGUGGAGACCUAUGAGCAUGGGGAAAGCGUUUCCCACUACGUUGAUGAACUUGAAGGGAACAACAGAAUUAAAAGUGCUCUUGCUCACAUAGGGACUCAUGCACUUCUGAAGAUGCUUCUGGUGGACAAUUUUAUCCAUGCAGACAUGCAUCCAGGAAAUAUCCUUGUCCGUGUAUCUCAGAGCAAAUCUUCACGGAAAAGGCUUUUUAAAUCCAGACCUCAUGUCGUUUUCCUUGAUGUAGGCAUGACGGCUGAACUUUCUAAGAGUGAUCGAAUUAAUUUACUGGAGUUCUUUAAGGCUGUUGCCCUUAGAGAUGGCCGCACAGCAGCAGAGUGCACCCUGAGAUUAUCGAAACAACAAAACUGUCCGAAUCCAAAAGCUUUCAUUGAGGAAGUAGAGAAGUCAUUCAAUUUCUGGGGCACCCCAGAAGGUGAUGUUGUCCAUCCUGCUGAAUGCAUGCAACAAUUGCUUGAGAAAGUCCGGCGUCAUAAAGUCAAUAUUGACGGCAAUGUUUGCACAGUGAUGGUGACCACAUUGGUUCUUGAGGGAUGGCAGCGGAAGCUUGAUCCAGACUACAAUGUGAUGCACACACUACAGACAUUACUGUUUAAAGCUGAUUGGGCGCAGUCUCUCUUUUACACAAUUGAAGGGCUCAUGGCCCCAUGAAAGGUGCUCAUUUAUUGCUGUUCCUCUCAAACAAUUUUUGCGGAGUGAAAGUCAAAAAUGAGAAAAAUAUACAUGUAUCAUGGUGGUCUACAGGAGUAACAUCAUGUUUGGUUUUCUAUCAAUAAAAAAAUCACAUUUUAGGCCUGUUUCUACAUUUUUUGGCUGCUCCAUGUUUGCUUUCUGAUAAGGUUUUUUAUGAGCAAGCUAUAAGCCUUUUUGUAUUAUUUUAUCUGUCAUUGCUGUUUAUUACUGCUGUUAUUUUUUCAUCGGUGCUAUUUACUUAAGCCUCACAAGUUACAGAAACUAAAGGAGUUGCACAGGAAAGAAAUAAAGAUGACUUUCUUUUC